UCGAGUUGCCCAGCUCACGGAAAACAGCCGUACCGCCAUUCCUCCUCCUCUUAAAACAUCAAACUGAAAGUCGCCGAAAUCCGAGGAAAAUAUGUUUACAUUCCCUCGUAUUGACAGAUUGAUCCCCCUCAAGUGACGAGAAAAGACAUUUUUUAGAAGGAAACGAAGCAGUGGUAUUUCGGUGCGAGCUGCUGGCAAUUGAGUGAAUAAAAAGGUAUUGCUGAAGUAAAAUGACCGAAGAAAGGUCGGAGAGUAAAGGGGAAAUUAGUGGCAAGGAUUUGGAGAAGCAGCUUCGUCUUCGAGUUUGUGUUUUGACUGAAAUUCUGAAGACCGAGAGAGAUUACGUAGAUACACUGGAGUUUCUAGUCUCCGCAUUUCUGCAGCGAAUGAUCCAGCAUGCUGCUUCUAGAGUUGACAAGAACGUGACUGAAGAAACCAUUAAGACACUGUUUUCUAACAUUGAAGACAUUCUUGUAGUCCACAAAGAGUUCCUGAGUAUGAUUGAGGAGCGCCUGCUGCCUGAACCUAGUGCCCACCAUGAAUUGGGAAGCUGUUUUCUUCAGUUUAAACAUCGAUUUUCUAUCUAUGAUGAGUACUGCAGUAAUCAUGAAAAAGCACAAAGGCUAUUAUUGGAACUGAAUAAAAUGCAGUCUGUGCGGACCUUUUUACUGGGCUGCAUGCUGCUGGCAGGACGGAAGAACCCUGACGUUCCACUUGAAGGAUAUCUAGUUGCUCCCAUACAAAGGAUAUGCAAGUAUCCACUUCUGCUAAAGGAACUGAUGAAGAGGACACCAAGAAGGCAUAAUGACUGUGCAGCAGUAAUUGAGGCUCUGCAGGCCAUGAAAACUGUGUGCUCCACCAUCAAUGAAGCCAAGAGACAAAUGGAAAAACUAGAAGUUCUGGAAGAAUGGCAGUCUCAUAUAGAAGGAUGGGAGGGUUCCAACAUAACUGAUUCAUGCACUGAAAUGCUGAUGCAAGGGAUUUUGCUGAAAAUUUCAGCUGGGAACAUCCAGGAACGAGUUUUCUUCCUCUUUGAUAACUUACUGGUAUACUGCAAAAAGAAGCAUAGGCGAUUAAAGAAUACCUCACACCCUAAGAAAGUGGCUGAUGGACACCGAUACCUUUUUCGUGGUAGAAUAAAUACAGAGGUCAUGGAAGUGGAAAAUGUGGAUGAUGGAACAGCGGAUUAUCACAGCAGCGGUCAUACAGUGAUCAAUGGUUGGAAAAUACACAAUACUGCCAAAAAUAAAUGGUUUGUCUGCAUGGCAAAGACAUCAGAAGACAAACAGGAAUGGUUGGAGGCCUUUGUGAAGGAACGAGAACGAAGAAAGAGUUUAAAACUAGGCGUGGAGCAAGAUACCUGGCUGAUGAUCUCUGAAAAAGGGGAAAAGCUCUAUCAUAUGUUGUGCAAACAGGAAAAUGUUAUCAAGGACAGAAAACGGAAACUCAGCACUUUUCCAAAAUGCUUCUUGGGCAGUGAGUUUGUCACCUGGUUGAUGGAAAUUAAAGAGAUCAGUAAACCUGAAGAAGGAGUUCACCUGGGCCAGGCGUUGCUAGAGAAUGGAAUCAUCCAUCAUGUAACAGACAAACACCAGUUUAAACCUGAUCAUAUGCUGUACAGAUUUCGAUAUGACGAUGGGACAUACCAUCCAAGAAGUCAAAUUCAAGAUGUUAUCUCCAAGGGCGUGAGGCUUUACUAUCGACUUCAUAGUCUCUUUACUCCCGUGAUCAAGGAUAAAGACUAUCACCUCAGAACCUAUAAGUCAGUGGUCAUGGCAAACAAGCUGACAGACUGGUUAAUUGCACAGGGGGACUGUAAAACCAGAGAGGAAGCAAUAAUCCUGGGUGUGGAACUGUGUGACAAUGGUUUUAUGCAUCACGUACUGGAAAAGAGCGAAUUUAAAGAUGAACCUCUUUUAUUCCGUUUUUUUGCUGAUGAGGAAAUAGAAGGCUCGAACUUAAGGCAGAAGCACAUGCGACAUGACUUGAAAAUAGUUGAAAACAUUGUGGCCAAGUCAUUAUUGAUUAAAGCUCAAGGUGGAAGCUAUGGUUUUACUUUGGAGGAAAGAAAUAAGGUUCCUAUUGUGAAAUCUGUGGAGAAGGGAUCUUAUGCUGAGAUGGCAGGUCUAGAGGUUGGAAAAAAAAUAUUUGCUAUCAAUGGAGAUGUGAUUUUCCUGCGACCCUUUCAGGAAGUUGAAUGCUUCCUGCAGCAAUGCUUCAAUUGCAAAAGGCUUCUCAGGGUACUUCUGAGCACAAAGCCACGAGAGACAGUGAAGAUUCCAGACUCUGCAGAUGGACUUGGAUUCCAGAUUCGAGGAUUUGGCCCAUCAGUUGUCCACGCUGUUGGCCGAGGAACUGUGGCAGCUGUAGCUGGCCUGCAUCCUGGUCAAUGCAUCAUCAAAGUGAAUGGGAUCAAUGUGAGCAAAGAGAGUCACGCAAGUGUGAUUGCACAUGUCACAGCAUGUCGGAAAUACAAACGCCUGUCACAGCAAGACUGCAUUCAGUGGGUGUAUAAUAAUACUGAAAGUGCCCAGGAGGAGCUGCAGAAAAUCAGUUUAAAGGCCCCAGAUUCAGGGGGAAGUGACAGUGGCAUGCAAGAUGGAUUUAAUGAAGAAGUCUUCGAUAAAUUUAAUACAAUGGCUUUAAUUGACGGGAAGAAGGAUCAUGUGAGCCUAACAGUAGAUAACGUUCAUUUGGAAUAUGGUGUUGUAUAUGAAUAUGACAGCACUGCUGGAACAAAAUGCCAUGUUCUGGAGAAAAUGAGUGAACCAAAAGGAUUCUUCAACCUAACUGCAAAGAUCCUUGAAUGUUUGGCUAAGAAUGAUGAGCAAUUUGUAGAACAUUGCAGCAGACUAAGCUGCUUAGUUGAAGGAAUGCCUCCUGAACUGCAUUCAAAAUUCAGCAUUAUGCGCAGUGAAAAGCUUGAGCACAUUAACCGAAGGAUCACAAACUAUAAGAAGUUUUCACGAGUUCUGAAAAACCGAGCCUGGCCGACUUUCAAGCAAGCCAAGUCCAAGAUUUCACCAUUGCACAGCAGUGAUUUCUGUCCCACUAAUUGCCAUAUAAACGUGAUGGAAGUGUCAUAUCCUAAGAAUGCUGCGUCACUGGGCAGUGCAUUUGGUGUACAAUUGGACAGUCGGAAACAGUCCAUCAAUGAUAUUGACCAGAAAAGCUUAAACCAAGAUGAAUUGGAUCCAGUGGAGUAUGUCCAUCAUUGCAUCACCACCAUGGCAGCUCCCUCUGGACAUAGUUUGGGUCAGCAAAAUGGUCCUGGUCUGUACUUCCUCCUAAAGGAAAAGGAUGUGGAAACUCAAGAUGCAUACCAAAAGCUUUUGAAUAAGCUACAGACAGUUGUAAAGGAACUGGAAAUCUAUAUUGCUCAGAUAGAUGACCUCCUUUCAUCAAUAACACAUCCAACUACAUCAGAGACCAAGACGACUGAGUCGUUAGUAACAGGGGAGAAUGACACUGACAAGGCAGAACGGAAUAGCAAAAAAGUUUGUUUUGUGGUAACUGGAGAUGACCAAGAGGAUUCGGGCCAUGAUACAAUAAGCAACAGGGAUUCUUAUAGUGAUUGUAACAGUAAUAGGAAUUCGAUUGCUUCCUUUACAAGUAUAUGUAGCAGCCAUUGUGAUUCCUAUGUGCACAGCGAUGAUAUGGACUCUGGGGAUGAACUACCUUGCAGUGUUCACAUUUCACAUGAUAAGCAGGAUAAACUGCAUGGUUGCUUAGAACAUCUCUUUAGUCAGGUGGAUGCGGUCAGUAACCUUCUGAAGGGACCAGCUGUGGCAAAGGCAUUUGAACAAACGAAGAACUUAAUCCCAAAACGAAGUUUACAAGAAUUCAAGAAGGAAAUGGAGUCGGAGGUCAAUUGCACGACACAGCUCCGGAUUCAUGUGCAGAGGGAUCCAUGGAAUCUACCUUGGGGUGUGCACAACCUCAUACAGGCUAUUACAAGAUUUGUGGAAGAGGUGAAGAUACGAGUAUUCCUGGCUGUCCUUGAAAACACAGAUACUGAAAUUCAACUCAGGCAAGACAUGGUGCUUUGCCAAAGUCUAGUGGCCACAGUUUGUGCUUUCUCAGAACAACUAUUGGCUGCGUUGCAUCAGAUGUAUGAUACCAACAGUGAAUAUGAAAUUGAGACACAGGAAGCCAGUAGAAAAUGGUUGGAGCAAAUUGCCAAUGUAGGAAUCCUCUUUAACUUCCAGUCACUGCUCUCUCCUAAUCUGAUGGAUGAGCAGGCGAUGUUGGAAGACACUCUGGUUGCCUUGUCUGACUUGGAAAAGGUCACAUUCUACUUACAACAGUCAGAAGAAGAACUCCUGGUAGCAAAUAAUCCUAUCAUGUACAAAGUAGAAGGGAAUCGACAAGCCUUAAAAGUGUUCUUCUACCUUGACAGCUACAACUUUGAGCAACUUCCUCAGCGGUUAAAGAAUGGAGGAGGUAUUAAAGUUCACCCAGUGCUCUUUACACAAGCAAUGGAAAGUAUGGAGGGCUAUUACUACACGGACAAUGUGUCUGUGGAAGAAUUCCAAGCACAAAUCAAUGCAGCUUCUCUGGAGAGUAUAAAACGAUACCGUCAAAAGCUCAGGGCUUUCUAUCUGGCCAAAUCAAAUUUGCCUCCGAAUGCAUCCAAAGCUGCUUCAAUAGAUAAGUUUAUGCGGCCCCUCAAUGCAUUGGAUGAACUUCACCGAUUGAUGGAAUCCUUUAUCAGGUCAAAACAUACAGCAUCCUGUGCUUACACAGCCUAUAGUGCCUCUGGCGUUGGUUUGUUGUCGGUCUCUUCUGAACUCUGUAAUCGUUUGGGAGCCUGCCAUAUCAUGAUGUGCAGUAGUGGAGUUCACCGAUGUACACUAAGCGUCACUCUAGAACAGGCAAUCGUUCUUGCAAGAAGUCAUGGGCUACCUCCACGCUACAUAAUGCAAGCUACCGAUAUGAUGAGGAAGCAGGGAGCAAGAGUGCAGAACUCUGCUAAGAAUCUUGGAGUGAGGGAUCGAACACCACAGUCAGCCCCAAGAGCCUCAAACCUACUCUCAGAAGUAAAAGGAUUCUGGAAGGAGCUUCAAUUUCUCUCAUUGUAUGAAAACGUUCAAAGGAAAUCUAUCACUUCAACAAGAUUGUACAAGCUAUGUCAACCGCCCCCUGAUGGAGAUGCAUGAAGAUCCUGCCUCAUAUUUAACCCAGGGAUACCUAGAUGUAGACCCUUCAGUAACAAUAACUGCAAGUUGUUGAAAGUGCUGGUAAAAUGAUUUGCUCGCCUUUAUGAACUACACCAAGAUAAACCUUGGCCACUCACACAACUGGAAUAACUGUUUUCUUUGUUAUACUGAACGGACUCAAAUUCGGUUUUGUUUAGAAGUUUAGUAAACUUCUUCGUUGAACUGUAAAAUUAAUUAAAAUUGCUUAGUGUAAAUGUAAAAAACAUUAUAUUUUAAUUUACUAUCAAUUUAAGAAGCUAUACUCAGCUUGAACAGUUACAACCCUUUAAUCCUUACCUCUUAUUAUUAAACUAUAAUUUGUUGAUACUAUUUUGUAAAUUUGAACUGUUCACUAUUUAAGAUGAUAUCCUGCAUUGUAGCUAUCUUUUGUCAGGCAUAGACACAUUUACAAAUGCAUACUGCAGUUAGAUGUUGCCAUAAUCAGUUUAAUAUUGAGAGUAUGCGACAGAAAUGUAAUAUAACCAAGGGGUUCAGAUAAUAUUUUAUAUCGUACAAACAUAGUUUCAUCUUGCCACAUUAUGGCUGUGAUUGGGUUAUAAUCUUCCAGCCAUUCCCUAUCAUAUGUUGUUUUAUACGUGCUGUAAAGUUUGAUUUGUCUUUAAUGUAAUAAAAGAUCACUGACCUACUGCUUU